AUGCUUGUGCCUUUGCAGAUGUCCUGGCACACUCUGUACCACAGCUCCAAGUUCCGACAUGUCUACGGCAAGGCCGCCAGCAAGGACAAAUGCUACGACUGCGUGCCCAUCACCCUCAGUGUCCACGAUAACCACUUCUGCGCUGUCAACCCCCACUUCAUUGCAGUAGUGACUGAGUGCGCCGGCGGUGGGGCCUUCCUCGUGAUCCCCAUUCACCAGACAGGCAAGCUCGACCCGCAUUAUCCCAAAAUAUGUGGGCACAAAGGGAAUGUUCUGGACAUCAAGUGGAACCCAUUCAAUGACUUUGUCAUAGCUUCGUGUUCAGAGGAUGCCACUGUUAAAAUCUGGGACAUCCCCAAGCACUUUCUAACAAGAAACAUCACCAGUCCGAACAAGGAACUUCUUGGGCAUACACGAAGAGUUGGUCUCAUUGAGUGGCAUCCCACUGCCAGUAACAUCCUCUUCAGCUCCAGCUAUGACUACAAGAUAAUGAUCUGGAACCUUGACACUGAAAAAGCUGUCCUCUCAAAUCCAGUGAAGAUCCUUGAUGUUCACGGAGAUGUGGUCCUCUCCAUGUCAUUCAACACAGAUGGCAGCCUCCUUGCCACAGCCUGCCGGGACAGAAAUAUUCGUGUGAUAGACCCUCGUGCAGGAGUAGUCCUACAAGAAACCUGCUACAAAUCUCACAGAGCCCAUAAAGUCUUGUUUCUUGGAAGCAUGGGAAAGCUGCUCUCUACUGGAACAUCUCGGUGGAAUAAUAGGCAGAUUGCAUUAUGGGAUCAAAAUGACCUUUCUGUGCCUUUAAUGGAGGAAGAUCUGGAUGGCUCCUCAGGGAUCCUAUUUCCCUUCUAUGACUCAGACACACACAUGGUUUACAUUGUGGGAAAGGGUGAUGGAAAUAUACGGUACUAUGAGAUAAGCCCUGAGAAACCAUACCUGAACUACCUGAUGGAAUACCGUUCUCCUUUACCACAGAAGGGAAUUGGAAUAAUGCCAAAGAGAGGCCUUGAAGUGUCAGCCUGUGAGAUUUUCCGUUUCUACAAACUGGUCCCAACUAAAAAUCUGGUUCAGCCCAUCUCCAUGAUUGUGCCUCGACGGUCGGAGUCAUACCAGGAAGACAUCUAUCCCUUGACCCCUGGAGCCCAGCCAGCCCUGACAGCACAAGAGUGGCUGCACGGAGUUAACAAAGGUCAGCACAUGGAGGGCAGCCCAGCCCUUCAGCUCCCUGGGGCUUGGCGCCUCUGCUGGUGUCCUUGAGACCAGGCUCUGGAGCGGUGAAUUCCUUACCAGAGUUAUGCGAGCCCAAGCCAUUCCUGAAUACUACAGCCCC